GCGAAUUUACUUCCGAUUUCCGCGUGUCAAUAAAACAAAUAACGUCUUUACAGGCGUUGUGAUUGUUGAAUUCGAUAUUGCUUGGAAAUCUUUCUAAAGAGCCCAGUGCAAAUCUGAUCUGACUAAAUGGAUUACUCUGGGAAAGAAAAUGAAGCUUUGGCCAUCAUGGCUGAGGCAGACAAGAUGAUGAAAACGUCGCAUUCAUUGUUUGGAUCGUUUUUUGGGAGUUCCUCCAAGGUUGAGGAGGCAUGUGACAUGUAUGUAAGAGCUGCCAACAUGUUCAAGAUGGCAAAGAACUGGAGUGCUGCAGGAGGCGCCUUCUGCAAAGCUGCGCAACUGCAUUUGCAAGUGCAAAGCAAGCUCAAUGCAGCCGUGAGCUUCAUUGAUGCUGGCAAUGCUUUCAAAAAGGCUGAUCCUCAAGAGGCAAUAAGCUGUUUCUGUCAGGCCAUUGACAUCUACACAAAUAUGGGACGUUUCAACAUUGCAGCGAAACACCACAUUUCUAUUGCUGAAAUCUGUGAGACGGAGUUACUGGACAUAGACAAAGCAGUUGCUCAUUAUGAACAGGCAGCAGAUUACUUCAAAGGGGAGGAGUCUAACAGUGCAGCCAACAAGUGUCUUCUCAAAGUGGCAACCUAUUCAGCUCAGAUGGAACAAUACCAGAAAGCCAUUGAAAUAUUUGAGCAGAUUGGGACUUAUUCCAUGGAUACUACCUUGUUGAAGUAUGGCGCUAAGGACCAUUUCUUCAAAGCAGCACUGUGUCACUUUUGUGUGGAUAUGCUCAACUGCAAGCUGGCUGUACAGAAGUAUGAAGAAAUGUUUCCUGCCUUCUCAGAUGCCAGAGAGUGCAAACUUCUUAAGAAACUUCUCGAUGCCCAUGAAGAACAGAAACUCGAUGCAUACACUGAUGCAAUUAGGGAUUUUGAAUCAAUCACAAGGCUUGAUCAGUGGCAGAUCACGAUGCUACUGAGAAUCAAGAAGACCUUUCAAGAUGAGGAGAAUGACCUUCGCUAAUAUAGUCGAAGUCAUGAUUCCAAGCAGACUGCAUCUUUUCAUCUCAUGCCUUUCCUCUCACUUAACAGUGAUUCCUUAAAAUGACCAUAUUUAUUAUUUAUAGACCUUAUUGAUGGUAGCGCCAUAUUCGAUUUUUGACAGGAAUGAAAAUGAAGCUGGGAGAGAUAGACUUACUCUCUUCAAUGACAUGCACAGUAUAAAGCUAUAUAAAGGCCCUAUCACAUCUCAUUUUCGCAACAUGUGAUUUUUAGAGUUUGUUAUCUACAGAAUUCUUUUGGAAAGAUGCUUUUUUUUUUUUUCAAAGUUUCAUCUGUGGAACAGUUUAAACAACAACACAACCCAUUGAAGAGAUGGUAGGUCUAUCCUUCUCAGCUUCGUUUUCAUCCUUGUCAAAAAUCAAACAUACUGCGAAUAAGGUCACUUUUGAAAUCUAUGUAAAAGUUACUUGCACUUUGUUCUUUUACUUUAUAGGCUUUUUUUUCUCUAAAAUCAUAAUGUCUUCAAAGAAAUUUAGCUUUUAUCCCAAAGAAUGCUGUGAAGUCUUUUAGAAUGACAACUUCCCUUUGUUAUAAAUUAAACUUGAUUAUUUAAUGAUGAUUUUGUUACUAAUGUUGUCAUAACAUAUUAAUGAUGAUAAUUCUAGAUUUGUAUAUGGAGUUAGUAAAUCCUGUAACAUUUAUCAGUAAGAACUGAAACCGUGCUAAUUGCUGUUUUAUUGUUUUUCCAAAUGUUCUAUUAGAUCUGUAAUGAAAACUAACAAAUGACUCAACAUCAAUGGUUAUUCCAGUUUUGUACCCCCACGUAGAAGAGAGAAUCUGCAUGAAGGAAAAUCAUUUUGUAGGACUUAAGGUUAUGUGGCAGUAUUCUCUAAACUCUUUGUGAUGAAGAUUAUAUUAUGGUGAUUUUAAUUUAUUGGUGUAAUUUAUAAUACUUAUAAAUACAAAACAGCAUCAUCAUCAUCAAAAACAUUGUUUGGAUACAUUUGCAUCUCAGUAGGCCUAUUAGAUAUAUUAGGCAUUUGAAAUAGAUAACUUCUAGUAAUUCUUGCUUUUCAAUGGUUUUUGUCUUUCAUUUUCAUCUGUAAAAUAUGUUCUGAUGCAUAAGACUGAAAAGUUAUGUGUAAAUACAGGAACUUGAGCAUGAUAAUAGCUUGGCAGAAUAAUCUUAAUUUAACCAUGAAGUUUGAAGGCAAAAAAAGUGUCAUUUGCAGUCAAUAAUAACUGAAUGAUAUUGUAGGGCAUGUAUUUAUUCACCAAAGCUGUUAUGUAAAGCUAAUUUAAAAAAACAAUAAAUUAUCUGACUCCCUCCAAUU